AUGGAUCUUACUGUACUACAUCUCUUAUCAAACUCAAUUGUUAUCAAUCUUGUUACAAAAUCUGUGUUAGAUGAGGGUAAUGAUAGAUAUACUUGCGCCACUACCAUUACACGGAAUGACGGAUCCUUUCUUUUUCUCUAUUUACUUCAAACGUCAGCUGCAGUUGAAUUGCCUGCAAUCGUCUUGGAAGCUCAAAAGGAUGUUGGAACUACCUCGAUGAAACGAUCAAUUGAAUAUUGCUUGCAAGUAUCCGAGAAAUACAGCUACGAAGUAUAUUUUAUUCUUCUAUGCACUGAUCAAAUUUCACGAUCAGUAAAAGAGAGACUUUUAGCCAACUUGGACAACUUAUAUAGGCAACAAUUACACAGUGUAUAUUGGGCUAAAACCUGUCAAUUUAUCUUAAAAGCUACGAUUAAUAGCGAUAAUGAAGACGCUGAGCAGAACCUUAACCUUCUUGCAGCACUUACUUUGUAUAUUGCUAGCAAUAAUGAAGAGAGAUCAAAACUUAAGGAUGUCGCGGAUUCUACUAUUCAGCUCUUGUCCACUAUGUUCGAGCCCGUGGGUUCUGAAAUAUGAUGAUAUGAUUUUUGGUUAUUGUAUACUGUCGUAUGGACCCUGUCACCUACUUGACGUAUGAGGCUACCUUUAUUUUGUAUACAAUUUACUACAAUUUAACCUGUGGGAUUUAUCUUGUAUUAGUUUUCGCCUUUCUUUAUUUAAAUCAAGUCUCACCUCUACGAGUAUGUGUGGCUACUAAGUAGUUAAUAAAACAUAAUUU